AUGACAGAGCUGAGCACAGCAGUAUCACUUAUUUUAACACACACCACUGAUGGGAUCUCUGGAAAAUUCAGCCCUUCAACAUUCCCAGAUGAUUUUGAAUCUGAGCUUUCUUCCUUCAUAGACUGCCUACUGCUCUUUGGUAUUCUCAUCAUCCUUAUAAUAUUUAUAUGUGGUCUGGUGGGGAAUGCAAUCGUCAUCUAUUAUCUCUGCUUUAUUCUUAAGAAGAACCCCAUCACCACCUACAUCUUGAACUUGGCUGUUGCUGAUGCUUGUGUCCUUGUUUCUGCGGUAGUUUUCUCUUUCUCUUUGACUAAAAGUGAUCCUAAUUCCCUAGACUCCAUAUCACAAGAGCUGCUUUUUUACACAUAUACCACGAGCGGAUAUCUCCUGACAGCCAUCAGUGUUGAGAAGUGUCUCUUGGUUGUCUUUCCAAUCUGGUACAGAUGCCACCGUCCAAAACACCUGUCUGCAAUUGUUUGUGCAUUAAUAUGGGCAAUGUCCAGCCUAUUCUUUGGAACGGAUUUCUUUGAAAUACAAUCUACCAUAACUUUUCAAGUCAUUUCCACGAUCAACUCUGUAUUUUGCCCAAUUGUUGUAGUCAUCUGUACUGUGGUCCUUUUCACCAAGGUCUGCUCCAGUUUACAUCGACGCCCACGAGGAAAGUUCUACACAGCCCUCUUCCUUGCUCUUCUUUUCUUCUUUAUUUUCGGUGUACCAUUCAGUGCGCUGAUGACCCUUCUAGCUUUUCAACUGAUUGACAUUCAAAGCAUGUUAUGGGAACCACUAAUAUGUAUGACAUGUGCUAUUAUCAACAGCAGUGUUAAUCCAUUCCUUUACUUCCUAAUUGGAAGGGGAAAGAAACAUCGACCCAGAGAACCCUUGAAGGUAGUGCUGGAAAGAGUAUUUAGUGACAAAGCUGAUUGCACAGAGGAUCAGAAUCCUCCAGCCAUGACAGAUUCAAUGAUGAUGACUUCUUAA